GAGAAUAGACACAUAGGGUGACAAAUGGAAGACAAGUUUCAAUCUGCUCAUUAUUUGAGACAAUAAAAGAUGGCAUAAAACACUGAAAGGUGCAAAUCCAAUGGAAGCUCCAGAUGAAGAAAUAAGUGCGGGUCCAUCGACAUCUCAAGAGAAGAAGUCGAACAACGCAGAGAAGAAAGCGCGAGUAUUCGAUUUCAACGCAAUCUUUGAAGAGACUAGAAAGGCUGGCCAAGCUCGUUAUGCCGAAGCCCAUGAAAAGGACCCGGAAAAUGUUAAUAAUGACUCGCAAAGUACAGAGAAAAGUGCACAUAAGGACAGUGGUACUGUGAGUGAGGAAGAUGAUGAUUUCUUGCCGAUGUUACCUCCGGGGUUUGUCCCAGAUAAAAGCGUUAUUAUCGGCGAAGAGAACGGUUCCGCUGCUCCCGCAAAAGCAAAGACUUCAAAAGAUGACGAUGAUGACGAAGAUUUUGUAGAUUAUGUAGGAGACGGGAUACCGACAGUAAAUUUGAUACCCACAUCUUGCGAAGCUAAACUGGUCCAUAGCGGAAAGCCGGUUUCGGCUUUGCGUUUCGAGCCGAAUGGAGUGAGGUUCGCUUCUGGUGGUGUAGAUUACCAGGUCAAAAUUUUUGAUUUUCAAAAAAUGGAUAUGAGUCUGCGUGCUGACAAAGAGCUACUUCCUGUUGAAAGCCACGUGAUCAACGAUAUUGCGUUCAGCGCAAACGGCGAAAAUAUGUUAGUGUGCAGUAGUAAAGCACAGGUUCAUAUUCUUGACAGAACUGGCAAAUCUUGGGCUGAAACUAUCCGAGGUGAUCAAUAUCUAGUCGAUGUCAACUAUACAAAAGGUCAUACAGCAUCGAUCAACUGUUGUCAGUUCAAUCCCUUUCACAAGGAGGAAUUUAUGACUUGCGCUGAUGACGGAACUAUACGACUAUGGAGUAUGCGGGAUUACAAAGUCAUGACAAAGACUAUAAACACGCAUAAGAAGGUGAUCAAAACUAAGACGGCAAAUGGCAAGCGGGCCAUGCCACAGUCAUGCCGCUACUCCGUGGAUGGAAAGUUGAUUGCAGCUGGAUGCGAUGAUGGUUCCAUACAAGUUUGGAAGUAUGGAAAUCUUUAUGUCAAUACGCAUUACCUCGUAAGACAAGCUCACAAAGGUCCCAUCACUUGCAUCGCCUUUGCUCCAGAUUCGCAAAGGAUUCUCUCCAGGGGUCUCGAUGACUCUUUGAAGAUGUGGUCUUUGAAAGAUAACAAGAAACCUCUUCUCGAAGCCUAUGACUUGGAAAACGCAUUUGGAAGCACUGACUGUGGCUUUUCACCGAGAGGAGAAUUGGUGUAUACUGGCACAUCGUCACCUGGCGAGGAUAUGCCCGGCAAACUGGUUUUCUUCAAUUCUGAAACCUUUGAGCUCGUGUACAAGAUCGAGUAUCCGGGAAGGAGCUGCACCAAAAUUGACUGGCAUCCGAAAUUGAAUCAGAUCCUAGUUGGUCUCAGCGACGGCACAAUCAGGAUUUACUACGAUCAGAACUUGUCAACCCGUGGAGUCAUGACCUGUGUCACGAAGCCAGUCAGAAGGAAUCGUGCCAGCGAGUUUGUCAGAGAAGAAAUGAUACUGUCACCAUUGACAUUGGAGAUGUUCCAACCUCGUGGUGAAGAAGGAGAAGAAAAGGAGGUGACAGGUUUCCGGCUGAAGAAAUACCUUCGCAUGCGGGAUAAUCAGCAAAGGCCACAGUUCCGGAAGCCAGCCGAUGUGCCUAUUGGAAGGAGUGCUAAUGGAAGAGUUGUGGCAAGUGGAGGCAGUUUGCACUCAUAUGUAGCGCAGCAGAUUGGUACCAUGAAGAAUAAAUCCUUUUUGGAAGAUACUGAUGUUAGGACUAGUAUCCUUCGACACGCUGAAGAGGCAGCGAAACAUCCCAUGUAUGUUGACUUGGCUUACAAGAAGACCCAACCAAAGCCGAUCUUCCAAGAAAAAACCACUGCACCUGAAGAAGAGGAGCCAGAUACAGAGUUACAACCAGUAUUUAAAAUGCCAAGGUUCCAUGCUUUCUGCCCUGUUAUGUGGCCACUGAUUUACGGACUAGGCAUGCGAUUCUCACGAUGGAUGGUAUUACCGGCUGCGGCAGUGAUAGGAACUGUUGGUUAUUAUGUUGAGAAGAAAUGGUUUCCAAAACCGAAAAAAGUCCCAUACCUCACCUCGUCAGUCCAAGAACAACGAGAAAAACGGUUGUCUAGUCGGCCGGCUGCCGAUCCUCAUACAGAACCGGUUAUAAUUCAAUUACCAAACACUUUGGGUGUCAAUAAGCCGCGACCGGUGGAAAAGGAGGACGAAUCAGAAGGGGCUUAAGCGAUGAUUUGCCACAGCACUUCUUUCACAGAUUAUUUAUAGAUCUUGUCAUAGGAUUAGGGUUUCUAUUUGCUCACAGAGUUUUUUUU